AUGGGCACGGCAUAUGUUGUCCACUGGAGAAAUCUUGUAUCGAAAAUCUAUAAGGGUGCACUCCUCGAUAUCACCGAUCACGCCUUCUUUACUCUCUCCAGUGGUAUACUUAACUUGGCAAAAGGUCAUGACGUCCAUCAUUUAUUGGACGAAAAUAUUGACCACUAUUGGCGAUCGGACGGCGAAACGCCUCACGUGAUCACGAUAGAGUUCCCGAAAAAAGAAGACUUUUUAUUUCUUCUUUUAUAUUUGGACUACGAACUCGAUGAACAGCAUACCCCACAAGAAGCUUUAACAUUCCUGGGGCAUUUCAUGUGCAGCGUCGUUGUGUAUCUUGGUCCAUCAGCUGUCGAUGUCAAUGAAUUCCGUACUUUCACAUUUUUCAAGCCAGAUGGUUGGCAGGUAAUCUUUUUUUCUUAUUUUGUCCCGUAA